CAAUCACCCGCAUCUACCUUUCCUUUGUGGUUCAUAUACCGGCUGGUGGUCGCCGUAUAAAAUACUAACUUUCGCACGAUUUCCUGGUAAAAUCCAAAUGGUUUCGAGACGUACAAACGCUCACGGUGGUAAAACGCACAUUUCCAAACGAUGGAAGACCAAGCGCCGCACGAAGGAUCUAGAUCAGAUUGACGAGGACAUCAAACCCGAGAACGUGGAGAAACUCCUCGACCAGGAGGUAGACUUCGACCGUCCCGGUAACGCGCAAUUCUACUGCCUGCACUGCGCCCGCUACUUCAUCACCGAUCGAGCGCUGCAGGACCAUUUCCGUACGAAAGUCCACAAGAGACGACUGAAAGCGCUCGAGUUAGAGCCGUACACCAUCGCCGAGUCGGAGCGCGCCGCCGGCUUCGGUAACUUCGAAUUCGCCCAGAAGCGCAAGAUCGAGACGCAACCGACCAAGGAGGAGUUCGCCGAGAGCAAGCGAAUGAAGGUCGAUCCGGAGGAGCAAUGACACGUUAUCUUCAAAUCGUAACCCGUAGAUUAUCAUCAGCCUUGUAUGUGACCGCCGAUAAAGCGCAGGAUCACUUUGUGCUACUCACCCCGUACAUCAAUUUCGAUGAACAAUUGGAGAACAAGCCGAAAUUGGAACGCAGCAUCAAGCUGAGAGGCAUUAAUGUCGACUUGGAGAGAAUCGAGAGGCGUUGGCUGUUCUUUCGAUACCUGGACGAGCAAAGGCUUACCUUGGAGCUGACCAAAGGCGAAAUCGGCAAAGAAAUCGCAGAUCUGCUCAAAAGGGGGGACAAUGUCGAAAAUCUGAAAUUGCAGGCGAAGCUCAUAAAGGACGACCUGAAGAUGCUAAAGAACUACUUGUACGGCGUCGAAGAAUCUGCAGCGCUCGCCGUUCUAUCGUUACCAAACAGUUUGCAUCCGAACACCCCAGAUGACACCGAACGCCUACUCUUCGAGUAUUUGCCCACGUCUCAGCGAUCCUCGCGAAGUCACAUGGAAAUUGGUGGCAGCUUAAUCAAGUUUAUUAAUCCGUACUUGUACUAUUUGCGUGGUGACGCUGCACUAUUCGAAUAUUUGCUAACGAGCUAUAUGUCGAGCACCCUCGCAUCCUUCACGAGGAUUUCAAACUCCGACUUUUGUCGGAGCGUAAUAGUCGAAGGUUGUGCAACCGAUUUUCGAGAUAAAAGCGUAUUCACCCUCGAAAAGUGUACAGGUGACGUCGAAUUUACGCGAACUCACUUAGUAGGCGGCGCCAGUUUGUACGCGUUCAUGACUUAUUUCACCAAGCACCUCGUCACGGAAAAAAGGCUACCUCUAAGAUUGUUCACUACGGCUCGAUCGUAUAACCCCAACACGGUUCGUGACGACGGCUUAUUCAGUGUGAAUCAAGAAACGAGCCUCGAAUUUUUCUUGGCUUUGAAGGAUGAUGAGCAAGAAAUGGAAGAGGAGUUCAACAAAGUUGUUUCGUUGCUCAUUACGUCGUACAAGGCGUUGGGCUACCAUUUUCGUUUGGUCUACAUUCCAGCACAAAAGUUAAAAAAUCAUGAAUGUUUACGUGUUUCGAUUGAGAUGUUUUCUAGUUUUACACAGACAUAUAAAGAAGUCGGUCAUUGUUCGAUUAUUGAUAGUUUUUUAAGUAAAAGGCUGUUGUUCACGUAUGAUAUAAAUAAGGAGAGGAAGUUUGUAAGAAUUAUUUCUGGUACUUUAUUAAAGGUGCCGCCGUUAUUGGCUUGUGUGUUAGAAAAUAACGGUCGGACCGAUAAUUUGUUAACUGAUUUUUUACGAAAAUACGUUUAAUAAAAUAAAAGUAAAAAAGCAA